GACCGCCUGCUGAGCUCAGCACGAGCGACUCAGCCUGGCCCAGCACCGAGCGGGUGACCUGCGGGAGCGGGCGCCUCCUCCCAGCCGUGCUCCCCCGGCAGGUCACACCUUUCCCGCCCGCAGCCCCACGCGCGGCCCGCAGCGAACUACACUUCCCGGCAGGACGCGGCGCGCGCACGCGCACGGGGGGCCUCCGCCAUGGCGACAGUGCUGUCCAGGGCGCUCAAGCUCCCGGGGAAGAAGAGCCCAGACCUCGGGGAGUACGACCCCCUCACCCAGGCCGACAGCGACGAGAGCGAAGAUGAUCUGGUGCUUAACUUGCAGCAGAAGAACGGAGGGGUCAAAAACGGGAAGAGCGCCCUGGGGGAGCCGCCGGAGCCCGACUCGGAUGCAGACGUGGCUGGGGCGGCAAAGCCGCACCUUUCAGAAGCCGUCCCAGAGGGGUUCCCCUCGGAACCGCUUGGGGGUCUGGAGCAGAAGGCCACCUCUUCCCUGGUGUCCUACGUGCGCACGUCUGUCUUCCUGCUGACGCUGGUGAUCUCCAUGGUCCUGGUACUCCUCUGCGCCUUCCUCAUCCCCUGUCCUCCCAGAGACCUGCAUAGCACUUGGAGCCGACGCCUGGGCUCCCAAGGAGGCGGGGACCUGUCUCCCCUGGAGUUGGCUGACGUGAAUAGAGAUGGCCUUCGGGACGUGCUUCUGUCCUUUGUGACAACCAGGAAUGGGACUGAAGGAGGUGGUGGCUCACAACCAACUGCAGAUCUUGUGUGCCUCUCGGGGAUGAAUGGCAGCACACUGUGGUCCAGUCCGCUCCCAGAGGAGGCUCAAGAUGUCACAUGCUUGGAUCUGAUGCCGGGAAGCAUGGCCAAAACCAUCUGCCUCGUGACAGGGACACGCAAGAUGCUCAGCGCAUUCAAUGCGACGUCAGGGAAAGUCAUGUGGACCCUGAACCCGAACCAUCUGUCCAAUGGCACCUUGGCCGCCCCAGUUGUGGUGCUGCCUGACCUGGAUGGGGACGGUGCCAGAGACCUGGUGGUGCUGGCCAUUGGAGAACUGCAGCCGGAUCUGUGUUUCCUGCUGGUAUCUGGCCGGACGGGGAGUCCUGUGGGCCGACCUGUGAAGUACAACAUCGUGGGAGUGGGGAACCUGAUUGGUCCCCAGGUUUACAUCACCACCAGUGGGGCUGUCUACAUCCUGUUCGGCUUUGGAAAUAUACAAGCUGUGGCCCUGCGGGACAUUUUUGUUCAGGCCCAAAAUCGAGACAGCUCGCCACCCUCUCUGCAGAUAGAAGAGCCGGAAUGGGAGAAGCGCAGAUCUGUCAACCUUUCCGAGCUCAUCGAUGUUUACAGUGAUGGGGUUGAGCUUCUCCAGUUGGUGAAGGCCCCGGAUGCCAACUGCAGCAGCCUCUUGAUCACAACCAGACAAGGCCUGGUCCUGCUUCGGGGACAAGAUCUUACGCCGCUCUGGAAAUUGAGCCUGCAAGGCCUGCGCAGCCAGCCCACUCCUGGGUAUUUCACUGAUGACCAGACAUUGGACUUCCUUCUGCAGACACAGGAUGGAGUUGGGAUGAAGAAGAUGAUGGUGGUGGACGGUGGCUCUGGCUCCAUCGUCUGGAGUCACAGUGUCCCGUGUCACAUGAAGGAAACACCAACCACUUCUGCAAUUACUUCAGACCAGAAGUCUGUGUUCCUCUUCUGGGCAGAAGCGCUGACUGCUGCUUCUCUCAAUUCUGAUGACCCCCCAGGAGCCGAGUCUCCUGGCCUUUACCACCUUUACCUCCUGCAUCCAACCUUCCCGUCUAUCCUCCUGGACCUGACCAACACCACUGGCAUAGUGACAGCUUCGGAGGUUGGAAUCAACGACAUCUGGAAAGAUGCCUUUUAUGUCACUAGGACGACAGGGAUGAGCCCUGAUGGACACCCCACCUCUCUGGUGAUCAGCAAGCUUAGCCUGCGCUGGGCACUCAUGGAAGGCCAGAUGGUCCAGCUGGAGGAGAUCACCCCUAAAAUUGGCCGUGGGGAGCUGAGAAGAUUCCUCUCUAGGAUCAAGUUUGUUGAUUCUCCCUACCAGAUCUAGUGCAGUGGAAUCCAGAUUCAGAAGAACCAUGCAGAGCGGCUCCUGUCCCUCCUGUCAGUUCUCUGGAGAGGUGACGACUUCAGGGUCAUGCAGCACUUGGGGAUCACUGCCCUCUGGCAGCCUGCUGGAGCUGUGUGAUCACACAGCAUGAUCUGCUUAGCUGCAAUAUCUCACGACCCUCCCAUCCCUGCACUAACCCCUCCUCCUGGGAACUCUGUGUGGAUAGUUUGGAAAUGUGAAUCUUAUAGCAGGUUU